CAAUUGAUUUAAAACUAGUUUUUAAUUGAAAUAGAGUAUACGCGUCUGACGAAAACACUCCUUAAUUUUAGUACGUGUUUGUACGCCCAAUGGGUGGCGUCAGUUGUUACAAGGCAGUCGUUUUUGACAGUGACAUUCGCGAGCAGCAUUUUCUGGAAGACCGCAUGACAUAUUGAUGGAAGGACAUGGCUCACCCCUCCCUGCCCCCCUCUCUGGACUCCUCCCAGCCAGGGAUUCCUCAGGCGGUACUGACAGUCCCAAUGGAGCUUAAGUACCUGUGCCAGGAGUGCCAGGGGGUACUAAGGAAGCCCUUUCAGGCCCAGUGUGGACACCGCUUCUGUGUGUACUGCCUCAAACAGCUCACCAGAUUGGGACCCCAGCCCUGUGGAGCAUGUCAACAGGAGGGGAUUUUCGAGGAGCCUCAGUCCAUCUUGAAUACUAAUGAUGCUUUUCCAGACAAUGCUGCUCGAAGAGAAAUUGAAAAUCUCCCUGCUAGCUGUCCCAGUGAAGGCUGCACUUGGAAAGGAAUUAUUAAGGACUAUGAGGUGCAGCACGAGGGAAAGUGUGAGUUUGAGCAUGUGCAGUGCGAGGCAUGCCGUACCUUGAUCCUGCGCAGUGAGCAGGAGAGACACGCUGAAAGGGAGUGUGAGGAGAGGACCCUCAACUGCAAGUACUGUAAAGUCACCUUCAGCUUCAAAGACAUCAAGGCACAUGAUGAAAUUUGCCUUAAGUUCCCUCUACAAUGCAGUGGAUGUGGGAAAAAGAAGAUCCCACGGGAAAAGUUCCAAGAUCAUAUCAAGUCCUGUGCGAAGUUCAAGAGUGCCUGUCCAUUCAGCACGCUAGGCUGUGGGACAGUGCUGGAGAAUGAGAAACAGAGUGACCAUGCACAGUCCAGCAUGCUGGACCACUUGCGCCUCCUGCUGGGCGAGCUGUGCAUGCUCCGGCAACGAAUAGAGAGCCCAGGAGAGUGGCAGGAGGACUCAGCGCUGGGGCUGUACCGAGCACCUGAAGACAGGAGUCCGCCGGCAAGUAGCGCAGGGCAGGUCGGCAACUUGGGGCAAAAGGUGGCAGCUCUGGAGAAUAUCGUGUGCGUGCUAAACAGAGAGGUGGAGCGGAACGCCUACACCGUGGAGGCCUUCUCACGCCAGCACCGCAUCGACCAGGAGGCAAUCGAGAACCUCAACAAUAAGGUGCGGCAGCUGGAGCGCUCGCUGACCAUGCGGGACCUUCAGCUGGCUGAGACGGAGCAGCUCGUGCGGGAGCUGGAGUACUGCACCUAUGACGGUGUCCUUGUCUGGAAGAUCACGAAUUUCUCCCGCCGCAGGCAGGACGCCGUGGCCGGACGAGCGCCCGCCAUGUUCUCCCCAGCAUUCUACUCCAGCAAGUACGGCUAUAAGAUGUGCCUUCGGCUGUACCUGAAUGGGGAUGGGACAGGGCGUGGCACGCACCUCUCUCUCUUUUUUGUGGUGAUGAGGGGCAAAUGUGAUGCCCUGCUCAAGUGGCCAUUCAGCCAGAAGGUGACUCUGAUGCUGCUGGACCAGAACAACCGCGAGCACAUCAUCGACGCCUUCCGGCCAGACGUCACCUCCACCUCCUUUCAGAGGCCCAUCAGUGAGAUGAACAUUGCCAGCGGCUGCCCACUCUUCUGCCCACUGGCUAAGCUGGGCACCAAGAGCUCCUAUCUGAGGGAGGACACCAUCUUCAUCAAGGCCAUUGUGGACCUCACUGGCCUGUAG